GCCUUUUUGUAAACGAUAUCAAAUUGUAAACAAUGGUAGUGUUGACUGGAGGUUCAACGAAUUUUUUCUCAACCAAGGCAAAACAACCAAGAAAAGUAAAAGUCAUGUCAACAACGGAUCACAAUGACAUUAAAAUAAUGGGAAAAGCAAUUGUGUGCGAGGAUUGCACGCUUAGCGGUGACAUCACUAUUUCUCCUGGAUGUGUUAUACACCCUAGCGCCACCAUUAUCGCUGAGGCUGGACCCAUUGUGCUAGGAGAAAAUUGUAUUGUAGAAGAAUACUCAACUAUUGCUUUCCGUCUUCCAGUAGGCCAAAAAUUUUACCCUUCCACGGAAGUGCGAACUUUGAAUGUUGGUGCAAAUAAUGUAUUUGAAGUAGGCAGUACCGUUGAAGCUUGUCAUAUUGGGGAGAAGAACGUAUUUGAGAGCAAAUGUUACGUAGGGCCAUGCGUUUUUGUUUCUAGUGGCUGUAUUAUUGGCGCUGGAGUUAAACUAAUAGCAGAACAGAAACUUCAGGAAAAUAUUGUUUUAUACGGAAGGAAUUGCCUACAAAGAGAAGCCAUCGAUAAGCAUGGGUCUCAAACAUUACAAAUCGACUUUCUCAGAAAGGUCUUGCCAAAUUAUCACCACUUGCGGAAACCAAAUUACGAUCCCAAAAAGAUGCGCAUAGCCGCCUAAAGUAAAAAAAAUAUUGUGCAAACUAAUUAUGUUGUAACAGACUUAUUAUUUAUUUCAUUAAACGAUUUAACUUCCGA